AUGAUAGGGAACGCCCCCAUCCGCAUCACCCAGAACUUGUACGAUGCAUUACAGCAACUACGCAAGAGUGACGAGGAUUUGGCUCUGUGGGUUGACGCGAUCUGCAUAAACCAACACGACGACACUGAGAAGGCAACUCAAAUCCCGCUGAUGGCCCAAAUAUAUAGCAAUGCCAGCGUAGUUCACAUCUGGCUCGGCAAAGCUUCCGCUGAGACCUGUGAAGUGGCACCAUUCCUGCAGGAUAUCGGCAGGAAAUUCAUUACGCGCAAACGAGAGCUCCUGGAGCCCGGAAACGAUGCUAAUCUCGAGAACCAAACUAUCUGGGCGGAUCUGAUGGAAAAUCCAAACUCGCAAAAGAUCAGUCUGAUAUGGGGUCUCUCGUGGUUCACAAGGAAAUGGGUAGUCCAGGAGCUCGCAUUCGCUCAAAAAGCCCUCAUGCAUUGCGGUACAGCGACUAUGGACUGGAGAGAGUUUGCAGCUUCAUGCUUUGCUGUCACCUCUUUGUCCAGCGACGGACGCUUUCGACAAGCUUACGAAGCUAAGCACGGGCGACAGUUCCGGAUCCCUCAUCCCGAUGGUUGCCUCAAGAUCCUGACACUGGAUGACAUGGUGAACGACCUCAAAUCAGUCGAGGAGUCGGGAACGACAAAGUCUUUGUUCCGGUGCGUCGCUGAUGCCUGGCCGUUCGAUUGCAAGGAGGACAAGGACCGAGUGCUCUCUAUUCUCGGAAUAUUUAAUCACGGUAGACCCCAGAAGUUUGAGAUCGGACCGCGUGUCCGUACCGAAGAGCUCUAUAAGCGCUUUGCUUACCAUUGCUACGAGUUUGGCGAUUCCACGGACAAGUUAGAUAUGCUCUCCUACGCAGGUCUGUCCCACCGUCCACGUUCACAAGCUGCCAUGAAUCUCCCGUCCUGGAUUCCGGAUUGGCGACUCAAAUUUGAUACGGGUAUGGAUAUUCUCAGGGGAUUCACUGCUGGACAUGCGAUGAGUGCUAUGAUGGAACUCUUUCCAGACCAAGACCAGAUGCUUGUUCGAGGAGUCAUCGUGGACCGUGUGAAGGCGAAUAUUCCGCCGGUCGGCAUCUUCAAUCGGGCCUACCAGGUGGAUCAUCAAGCUCAAUGGUACGCCGAGCUAGAAAGGCUCUUCACUUCAGCUUUUGGAGACUACACCAUGGAAUCAAAGGUCCCUUACAUAGCAGGGGGGUUGGCCUGGGAGGCAUUGAUGAAGACGUUGAUUCUGGACAGGAAAGACAACGAAUUGAUUAACUAUCCCGUUCGAGAUCUGGCAUCUGGACAGCCAACUAUCAAUGAUACCGAUCCAGACUCAAGCGCACCGUUUCACCAGCACUUCCACGGAAUGCGAAGCUUACUUCUCGGAACGCUGGAGGAUCAAGCGGGCUCGGCAGACAGGGCUCAAGCCGAAACAUCUGGGCAGAGUUGGCGGACGAAUAACGACCUUGAGUACAAGGCUCGAGCUGAGGCGAAUUGCCUCAAUCGGAGCUUUUUUGUCGGAGAGCGCGGUUUCAUCGGCCUGGGACCUGAGGACAUGGUGCCUGGAGACAUCAUCUGCCUACCUGCAGGAACGAGCGUGCCCUAUGUGCUGCGCCCCGAGGAUGCUAACUUGUCCAUGUUCUGGCACGCCGAAGGCAAUAUCAGAUGUGUUCUGGGUCGUGUCCAGUUACCUGACGGUUGCCUGAGAUCUUUCAUAAAGAGAGAAGAAAGCCCUCGAUACCAAUUAGUCGGUGAAUGUUACACGGAGGGUAUAAUGCACGGAGAAGCGUGGAAUAUGGGCGCAUUACCAGCCUGGGAGGAGUUUGUCUUGUUUUGA